AUGCAGGGCUCCCCAUCCAAGAAAAUGUCUACCGCUCAGAAACGGAUUGCAAUCCGCAUUGUGAGUUCUGGAAUCGCGGAAAUUCAGUCGAAUGUUACUUUUCCCCGCUCUCGCUCAGACUAUAUUAUCGCCAAAACCAAAGCCUUUGCACUGAACGCGGCCGAUAAUCAUCAGAUCGACGUACUAGGCGGUUCAGGCUCAAUUAUUGGGUGUGACUGGUCUGGAGUGGUUCUAGAAGUCGGAGAAAAUGUGACAGAAUUCAAACCUGGAGACUACGUAUACGGGUUAUGCCACGGUGGCAAUUCCAUCGAACCAGAAGAUGGUGCAUUUGCCGAUAUCGUUACAUCCAAAGAAAGUCUUACCAUGCACAAGCCAGAAUUCCUCAGCUUCCAAGAGGCUGCUUCUUUGGGGGUUGGUCUCGCAACCAUUGGACAAGCACUCUACUGGGUCAUGAAUUUGCCUCUACCAUUUCCAAAAAUCCCAGUCAACUCUGGCCCAACCCUACUGAUAUAUGGAGGCAGCUCCCUCACGGGCACAAUUGCUAUCCAAUUAGCCAAGCUUCUACCAGACUGCUUUGAAAGGGUCAAUGAGAUCGGGGCAUCGAUCACCUAUAUAGUGGACUGCAUUGGUAGCGAAGAGUCGAGCAUAUUCUGCAGCAAGGUACUUUCUCCGACCGGUGGACAUUACCAUAGUAUAAAAGCACCCUUACCAAAGGUCUUCAAGGAAUCGCGACCGGAAAAAACCGCGGUCGCAACUACAGCCUUCGCCUACUCGAUGACGGGUGAGCGGUUUGAGUUCCCAGGUAUGGAAUUUGCUGCCGACGUGGCUCAGGGGCAAUUCGCCAAAAAGUGGCGCGACAUUGCUGAGGAUUUAGUUGCAAAGCGCAAGGUCCAGCCACAUCCCAUUCUCGCACGAGAGGGAGGUUUACACGGAGUGCUUGACGGAUUGAAUGAGAUCAGAAACCAGGCUCCACGAGGGCACAAAAUUGUUUAUUCGAGAGAUUCAUAG